UGUAUGUACAUAUAAUGGCGUUCGUUCGAACGUUCACGUGUGUUUCUUUGUAACUUCUUCACCAAUACGUAUCAAGCUUCCACCUUGUCUUGGCCUUGACUUUUAUUGUUUAUCUUGAUUCAAGAACGGUUCUGGAAAGUACAUAUUUUCACAUAGUAUCCUUGAUCAUGCUUUUCCAAAGCAUGAUCCAAAUUAAUUCCAAAGUAAAAUUCAUCCGCGAAUUCACCAACAUUUCGCUUAUCGUUCUUGAACAUUUUCAAUAACUUAACUGACUUUAUGUAAUUCAAACGAAAGCGUUGUAUGACAAACAACAAACAGUAAACUUAGAUAAUAGUUGACCUUCGAUGUUCCUCGUACAAUGUCGACGAUUGAAAAUACUUGAACUCUUUCUUUUAAUAAUUUUUUUCUGCUUCAAACGAUAUGUAUUUUCAAUACGUGUCAUGUUCCCGCCAUGUUUCUCGCGUUUGCGAUCUCAUGCGCAACGAGGUAUCAUGACAAAUGUCAAAAACGAGACCGUAAUGUUUUUUAAAAAAGUACAAACAAUUCUAUAAAUCACUUGUACGAAAUAUCCAUUACCUGAGGUAUGUCGUCCGAAUGAAAAUCGAUGCAAGAACUGUUAACAAUUCGUCACAAUUUUUGGUUAUUGCAAUAACAACAUUGACACCAUUGUGCUUUUCUUUAUACAUAUACGAAGCACGUACGAUAACCGCUAUUGGACACUGGAAGCGAACACUGUUAUUCUAGUCUUCCAAGCGAUUUUUGCGCCAUUUUCAAAAAAUUGUCAAGAGUAAUCUCUCUUUUAAUAUAUAUUUUCUUUUCAACAAAAAUAUGCAACACAAAACGUGUGUGUCAAACUACGAAAAUAUUUCACCGUGUUGGUUAACUUUGUAACUAAACAAGCUAGUCAAUUGAUCGAUUCACGUCACCUUAAAGACGUUUCUCUUGAAAAAAUAUUAAUUUAUACCAAAAUAAUAACUUUUCUCGAAAGAAAAUAUUUUCUGAAAGUUAAUAAAUAAUCCGAAAUUUUAUAAUGGUUUUUUAAUUAACAUCCACUACCUUAAAUGGUGCUGCCACCUGCCCUUACCCGCGACAUUUUCAAGAAUCAUUAGAUUGAAAUUUUACAUUAGUAUGAUCACUGACGUUCCAUGUAACGUUCCUAACCUCGAAACAAUUUGUUGUUCCUUUGAUUCUCCAUGCAGGUCUAUAUAAACAUAUUUCUUUAACAUACAAUUAUAUCGAUACAAAAUGACUGUAUGGGAGAGACUGCGGAAUCCCUGUGGUUGGAGGGCCGGUGCUAAACAAAUUUCAGUCGAUGCGAUGAUACCGAUUUUUGCGGUCCCAACAUUGGCGGUGAUUGCCGCACAGACGGUGUUAUGUACUAUAAUUAUAUUUGUUGCAACACCGAUAUUGGUGUAUUAUCUGCAUCACAAUUUCCUGAGGUUCUUACUACGUACUAAAUUCUUUUUAAUGUGGACAAUCACAAGUGUCAUCAUGUUGAUGCUUAUCUUUGAAAUGAGUGUUGUACCAUUGUUAGAGAUCUUACCAGAGGAAAAUUUGGUGUUUAUUGUCUGCGUGGUGGGCGGUAUAUGGUGUGGCUAUAUGACUAGAGUAAAUGCGGAUUCUGCUACUCAGGAAAGUACUUUAUCCCAUGGCUUAGAACUUGGAGAAGGAAGCGGAGAGCUUUGCAUUACGUGUAGGAGAAGAGCACCUCCUAAAGCGCAUCAUUGUAGAAUGUGUCAAACUUGUAUUCUUAAUAGGGAAUAUCAUUGCAAAUGGUUGGAUUGUUGUAUAGGUUCGAGCAACUUGAGAUGGUAUCUGGGAUGUUUAUUCUUCUCAGCUGUAGCUUUCAUCUAUGGUUCCAACUUAACUAUGACUAGCGUUUGCCAUCCUUUUAUACUUAUCGGCACUAUUCUUUUACCAGAUGAUUGCAGUGAUGUGUAUCAUCAACUGGACAUUGCCCUUUGCUUCAUCUCUGCUCUCUACAGCUUGCUUGUUGGGCUAGUGGUAGUUUGUUAUUUAAUGUAUCAUCUUUGGUUAAUUUACCUUGGUACAACAUCGAACGAACGACGCCUUCUCGAAGCUGGAAGCCAAUAUGACCAUGGGAUGUUGAAAAAUGUAUCCCGAUUAUUUUGCUGCAAAACUUAGAUACUAAUGUAGACUAGAUUAUUGAAUUCACUUUGUAUGGAAGAUGAUACUUUGCUCUGUACAAAGGAUGUUAGAAAAAAUCCGUCAUAGCGGUACGCGAAACAGAACGCACAUGUUAAUAUUAGUUCAACCGCAUCUACUACUACUAAUAGAAUUUUAAUGCUCAUUUUUAUCUAUUCUUUUUUUAUUUUUUUGCAACAGUCAUGUAAGUACUUAAUACUCUUAAAAUACCGAUGAUAUUAAGUUUAAUAAAAUCAUAUCAUGAUAUGAACGCGCUGACUUUCGUUAAAGUCUUAAUUAUUUAUAUUUCACUAUUGUGCACAUCUUUUGUAUAUUUAUUGUAACUGUGAUAAAGUGGCCAUUGUACAACUAACAUAAUAAAUUGCAUCGAUCAAAUA